AUGGCCUCUUCCCUCAGUCCGACCAACGUGCAGACCAAUAUGCCCGCCGAGGCAUUGCUGGUACCAUCCCAGGCCACGCUUAACGUUUCGAGUCCGUUUGGUACCAAGGAAAAGACCGAGGAUGCUCACGAUGGGGAGAAAACCGAUCAAGUCACGUCUUCUCCUCUGGAAUGGCGCUAUCCCGAUGGCGGCACGCGUGCAUGGCUAGUAGUACUUGGAUGCUUCAUGUUCGCAGCGACGUGCAUGGCAUACGGUCUCGUUUGGGGUGUCCUUCAAGACUAUUAUCAUACAUACAUGUUCCCCGAAACUAGUCUUAGCAUUCUCAGUUUACCCGGGGGCGUUCAGAAUUUCCUGAUGAACUGUACCGCAUACUUGUCAGGCGGCCUGGGAGAUCGAUAUGGUUACAAGAGGCUCCUUAUUCUGAGCACUGUUCUCACUUAUCUUUGUCUUCUGGCCUCCGCGUUCUCCACAAAACUCUAUCAUGUCUUCCUGUUUCAAGGAAUCUUCUUGGGAUUCUCUCAAGGUUUAGGGAUGCCGCUGUACAUGUCUCUGCCAUCGCAAUGGUUUCUUGAGAAAAGAGGUGUUGCUACUGGUCUGGCGGUCUGUGGAUCAGGAAUAGGCGGUGGCGUCUUUUCACUCAUCGUCCGCAAAUUACUAUCAACGGUGGGAUUCAGAAAGACGAUGCUGAUCUACAGCUCUAUGAAUGCUGUAAUAUGUAUUAUUGCGUUGUUUUUAUUGAAAGAGCGAGCCCGUCCAGGUCAGGCGGAAGAAAGGAAACGAUGGUUGCCUGAACGUGUGGAUGGAAGAUUGUAUAGCGUCGCUAUCAGUGUCUUUAUUGGCAUCUUCGGCUAUCUUGCACCCUAUUAUUUCAGUACCACAUACACCAAGCAGUUCGUACCAUCGAUUGGAAAGGAUUCUAUCCUGGCCGUCAUUCCCUUGGUCGUGAUGAAUUUCAGUGCUGGAAUUGGUCGCGUAAGCGCAUUAUUAGAAUUUCCCGCUUACAAGCGCAUUAUCCUAGCUGGUAGACUUGCCGACUACUUUGGUCCCAUCAACAUUUUCUUCUCCUCGUUUUUCUUUGGGGGCCUUUUCCAAAUGUUGGUAUGGACAUUCGCGAAGACUUACGCCUCGAUCAUCGUAUUCUCGAUUCUCAAUGGAUUGGUCGGAUGCUGGUUCCUCAGUCUAUUGCCUGUGGUUUGUGGGCAGCUAUUCGGCAUACAAGGGUUGUCGACGAUCACUGGUCUUAUGGUCCUGAUGAAUUCACCCGGACAAAUGGCUGGAGCUCCGAUAGCUGGUGCGAUAUAUUCUGCAUCAGGGGAUAACUGGGUCGCGGUCACUAUGUAUUCUGGUGGUAUAACGGUGCUUGGCGUCCUGUGUGUUCUUUACGCUCGUUUCUCGUAUGAGAAGCGUAUCUGGGCUUUUGCGUAG